UCUCGUGAAUGCAAGAAAGCAAGCAGCGUACAUAUAGAGGGGAAAUUUAUCUGUUCAAAUUCCUGAAUUCUGAUAAUCAUCAGUCAUCACAAGCUUUUUUUUUUUUUUUUUUUAUCAAAUACUAAGAAAUGGUGAUGAUUGAUCAGUAUAUUUUGGGUGGAUUUGUUGCUUCUCUAUUUGGGUUUGUUUUGUUAUAUAACUUGAGGAGAAAGAUAAAGCAGAACAAAGGUUCUAAGAUUGUACGUAAUGAUCAAUGCAUUAAGACCUCCAAUGAAGGAAUUCGCCGGUCGGCGGUCGACGGCGGAAGUACUGACGUAAUUAUCGUCGGAGCUGGCGUCGCUGGGGCGGCUUUGGCUAUUACACUUGGAAAUGAGGGACGAAGAGUUCAUGCUAUAGAAAGAGACUUAACUGAGCCAGAUCGGAUAGUUGGUGAACUUCUACAGCCUGGAGGAUAUUUGAAGCUAAUUGAGUUAGGUCUUGCAGAUUGUUUGCAAGAUAUUGAUGCUCAACAAAUUUUUGGAUAUGCUCUUUACAUGGAUGGUAAAAACACUAAGCUGUCUUAUCCGCUGGAGAAAUUCAAUUCAGAUGUCUCAGGAAGAAGUUUUCAUAAUGGCCGUUUUAUACAAAGGAUGAGAGAAAAGGCUGCAACCCUUCCUAAUGUGAGAUUGGAACAAGGGACGGUAACAUCCUUGCUUGAAGAAGAAGGGACAAUCAAAGGAGUGCAGUACAAGACUAAGAAUGGCGAGGAAAUGACUGCAAGUGCUCCUCUCACCAUUGUGUGCGAUGGCUGUUUCUCAAACUUGCGGCGCUCUCUUUGUACUCCGAAGGUGGAUGUCCCCUCAUGUUUUGUUGGUUUGAUCCUGGAAAAUUGUGAUCUCCCAUUUGCAAACCACGGGCAUGUUGUUCUUGCGGACCCUUCGCCUAUCUUAUUUUAUCCCAUCAGCAGCACUGAAGUUCGUUGCUUGGUUGAUGUCCCGGGACAGAAGGUGCCUUCCAUUGCUAAUGGUGAAAUGGGCACAUAUUUGAAGACUGUGGUGGCUCCUCAGAUUCCUUCUCAGCUCUAUGAUGCAUUUAUAGCAGCAAUUGACAAAGGAAAAAUAAAAACAAUGCCAAACAGAAGUAUGCCAGCAAAUCCUCUUCCCACUCCGGGUGCCCUUCUAAUGGGAGAUGCAUUCAACAUGCGGCAUCCUUUAACCGGUGGAGGAAUGACUGUGGCUCUAUCAGAUAUUGUUGUUAUCCGAGAUCUUCUUCGACCUAUACAUGAUCUUAAUGAUGCUACAACCCUAUCCAAGUAUCUUGAAUCGUUCUAUACCCUUAGAAAGCCUGUAGCAUCUACUAUAAAUACACUGGCUGGUGCACUUUACAAAGUAUUUUGUGCAUCAUCAGAUCAGGCAAGGAAAGAAAUGCGUGAAGCGUGUUUUGACUACUUAAGCCUUGGAGGCAUUUUCUCUAAUGGCCCUGUGUCUUUACUCUCUGGUCUAAAUCCGCGCCCUUUGAGUCUUGUGCUCCAUUUCUUUGCUGUGGCUGUCUAUGGUGUUGGCCGCUUAUUUCUUCCAUUUCCUACACCAAAACGGAUUUGGUUAGGGGCUAGAUUGCUUUCGGGGGCAUCCAGAAUUAUUUUUCCUAUUAUGAAUGCCGAGGGAUUUAGACAAAUGUUCUUUCCUGCUUCUGUUCCAGCCUACUACAGAUCUCCCCCUGUUAAUUAACAUAUUCAUUAAACUCUGUUCUUCAUCAGUUUUUUUCUUUUCCUUUAGUGUGUGUGUCUGUGUGUAUUGGUGUGGUCCUUCCCCUAAGAGAGUAAAGAGAAGUCACCAUUAGCUUGAGAAAGAGAAUAUUGUAAAGAAUUUUUAAUACAUGCCUAAGUAAAUUUUCCAUCUCAUCUUGUAAGAUAUGACAUUUGAUACUGUGAGAUUCGAACCAUGGUAGUUUGCUUCCAGAAUUUUAUUAUACUGUGAAGUCGUGUUUUGUGGAAA